AUGGCUCAAAUUUUGGAAGAAAACAAUUCUAACGAACUUGUUACUUCUGCGAACCAUGAUAAUAUUAAUUUUAUGCUAGGGAACGAUGAUAAGAUAAAAGAAAAAGUCCACAUACAAAUAGCCAUAGACGAGGUUUCGGAAAUGCUUUCGGCCUCUACAGUAGGUGGAACAUCUCGACAAAGGCAUUACAAAGCCUCACCAUUACAUACCAGGAGUCGAGAAGAAACGCAAGAAGAGAGGCGGCGACGAGCUUUGGAGGACCAAAAAAAACGAAGACGUGAUCUUACCGCGCACGCGAGAAAUCUUGCUCUCUUCAAACCAACUGUUAUACUGUCGGACGAUGAAUCGGAGACGGAAGAGUAUCCAAGUGAAGUUCACGCCGAAUCUUCGAAAUUAAUUCAAUCAACGAAACGUAGACUAGAAUUGGAAGAAGACGACGCGGUUCAGAAUUCCUUAUUCAAAAGAGCUAGGCUUAGACCUGCUAAAACUUUCCGACGUAAACGUAGAGCAAGAAACCCAUAUAGGUAA